CUUGGACAGCAGGGAGGCGGGGCUGAAAGUUCCUCACCGCUAGAGAGGGGAAGAAGCAGCUUCCUCACUAGAAUGUUCACCUGUGUAUCUCCAGUUCCAAGCUCAGUGCCCGGCACAGAGCAGAUGCUCGGAGCUGCUUGAUGAGUGAAUAUGGAGUGGAUGUAGAGGAGCCCAACAGGACAGAAGAGAAUGGCGGCUCACCAGUUGGGAGUGAAGAGGAGGGAGCUUUGCUCUGGAAUUCUCUGAAGGAGAGGCUCUGGUAAGACAAGUACAAAAUGAAUGACAAGCUGUUCUCCCUUUUGGUGGGCAUCUUCUCCAUCCUCAACACCAUCCAGUUCCUCAUCUUUGACUUGAACGAGCUCACGUUCAUUGGCUACGAGGACAGGUUUAGCGUCUACAUGGACGGGUCUGUGAUAGCCACUUGGGUCUUGACCAACAAAAAGAACAUCAGCAUCAGCCUCUCCACCAUCACCAUCUUGGUCAGCGCCUUCCUCCUCUACAGCAUCCACCUGAACGUCUACCAGGGGCUGCUGUGCUAUGCCUUGUGGAUCAUCUCCUAUGAGCUCACCAGCUUCUCCAUGGUCCUCCUCCUCAACGCAAUCAUCAAAGAGCAGUUCAAGGAGCUGGGUUACGUGCACUUGGUCUUCCAGAUCUCCCGCAUGCUCCUGCACUUCUUCUGCCUGCCCUUUAUUAUCAAGCACACCUACAACCUUUACAGGGACCCCAAGACUUUCAGCAAGAUAAGCCGGCGCAGGCUCUCCUCCAUCACUACACUCGACUCGUGGUCACCUGUCGCGCCGGGAAUGAUGUACCGCAAGUUAAACUGAACGGUGCCAGGGAGAGAGGGCCAGUGGCCCCCAACAGCGGAGUCCCCCGUCCCUGCCUGCUCCCUGUUGAUUCUGUUUGCCUUUUCGGGGUUCUUGAGUUUUGCGCAUUUAAGAGUGAUUCUUGGGGGAGGGAGGGUGGCACAGACCAAUGACUGUGCAUGUGUUUGCGACUUGUUUUAGCAUUAAAUUACAUCCCGCCUCUG